AUGCUGGUUGCCUUGCUUACCACCAUAGUACUGCAAUGGCUGCAUUUAGCAUACGGUGUCGUCCAAAAUUUUUUUCAAGGAAGAACCGAAAAAUCAGAGCGUGUUACUUGGCGAAGAUGUACUCCUGAAAUGUUCUGCUCAUCAGUCACCAUUGGGAAAUUAGCAGGGCAUGAAGGUCGAUACAGCUAUGUGACCCAUAGUCCAGAUGAAAAACACUUAAAAAUUGAAAAUGUGACACUGAGAGACGAUGGGUUGUUUGAAUGUCAAAUGAUACAUCCCAGCCUGGGUGCUUAUCGAACAUCUGCCUCCGUCAAUGUCUUAGUGCCGCCGGAAAAAGUUAUUAUUAUGGAUAUUGAUCCUGGUUCUGUUAUUAAUGUUGUCGAAGGAAAUGAUUAUAAUCUGAGUUGCUUGGCAGUCAAUGGAAAACCUCAUGCACUUAUAAAUUGGUAUAUUUACGGGACGAAGAUUGACGACAGUGUUAAACGGUGGACGGAAAUGAAUACAAAUCGUACAGUCACCGCUUUCGCAACGCUCUUCUGGAAGCCCCGGAGAAGUGACACUGGAGCGGUUCUCACUUGUGAAGCUUUGCAUCCGUCGACUUCUACUCACUUCAAAGUGAAUAUCACACCAAAUGUGCUAUACCCUUCGGAAAUGCCAAAGAUAGAUAUUUUAAGCCAGCCUGGUCUUAUAAAACCUGGCGAUAAUAUCACUAUGAAGUGUUCAGUUGUCGGAGGCAAUCCACCACCCAGACUUCUUUGGUUUCUUCAUGGGAACCUUAUUGGUAGCAAUUAUACGUAUGAUGAAUCAGCGGAAGAAACUGUAAAUAUUUAUUCAAUAAUAGUUGAUGCAAAUGAUAAUGGUGCUGUGUAUGAAUGCCAGUCAACAAAUUUGGCCGAUGAUGAACCUCUUUCUGAAGGCAUUCGUCUUUCUGUUUCAUAUGCUCCUCGCAGCGUUGAAAUAUCCGGUGAAACAACUACACGUAUUGGACGUAUUGUUGCAGUGCAAUGUAGAACAGGAUUAUCGAAUCCAGCAGCCAGGAUUUCUUGGCUGAUUAAUGGACAGACAGUACAGUCAGUGAAUCAUUCAUAUUUGGAGCAGGCCACCGGUACUGUUACUGUUUCAAAUCUAUCCAUAAUUCCAACUGAUAUAAAUGUAAUCAAGCAUCAAAUUAAUGUUCAAUGCACUGCCAUAAAUGAUGAAGGAACAACAAGCAAGCAACUCAUUAUUCGCAUCUUUUCACCACCCAUGAAACCGAUUAUUUAUGGAUCUGAAGGGAUGGCGCUUCGAGAGGGUGAAACUUUGAACCUUACAUGUGAGUCUCAAGGAGGAAAUCCACUGGCGACGUUGACGUGGUUCAGGGGUAUCGAAAAGCUUAGAGGAACAAGAAAUGCUGUAUCGGGUGACAUUUCGCAAAGUGUCGUAUCAGUUCUCCUUGAUCGUACGAUGAACAAUCAGCAAUUAAAAUGCGAAGCCACGAAUGGCGCUCUAGAUGAACCGCUUGUUGUCACAAAAACCUUCGUUGUUUUAUUUCCACCACGGCGAGUUACUGUGCGUCAGGAUGACCGAAGUAAGCGAUUGAUUGUAGCGGGAGAAAUCACGAAACUUUUUUGUUUGGUCCAUUCUUCGAAUCCAGUAGCGCAGUUGAUGUGGACUUUCCCUGUUGUCAGUUCUGAGCUGUUGUUUGAAGAGAAACGCAAUAACCGAUCGAAUCAAGAAUAUGGUGGACAUGAAGUGGAAAGUGUUAUUGAGUUCAUUCCAACGGAAGAGAUGGAUGGCGGUGAGGUUCAGUGUACUGCAUCACAUCCACAGUGGGUUGAACAGAAAGUUGCAAUAUAUCCAUUGAAUGUACUUUAUGCUCCACGAAUGGUAGUAAAUGGGCCUUUAACGAUUGUCAUCGGUGAGGGUGAUGACUUCAGAGAAAAUUUAACAUUACGUGCUAAUCCACCAGUGAGUACUUGGAGAUGGCGAAAAGAUGGUUCGCAUUUUGAACACGGGGUCGGAGCCAUCACAGCUAGAGGGCCUAUCUUGUCUGGACGUUCGGUGACCAGAUUUGAUAGCGGUCUCUUCACGCUGAUAGCGGGAAACGGUGUUGGCACGGUCAAUGUUACGGUCCAUGUAAUUGUGGAAUAUGCAGCGUACGUAACGCACAUAACUUCACCAGUGAUGGCUUCCGCAGGUGAAGAAGUAGUUAUGGAAUGUGAAGUGGAUGGCGUUCCUAAGCGUGAUGGUAUGGUAAAAUGGUUACACGGGGAGCAAAUUAUUGAAGGCGUGUCACUUGUUGGACAAACCAGAGCUGUUAUGCGACUUAAUGCUUCAUUUGAAACAAAUGGUGCUUAUACCUGCCUUGCCGAUAACGGAAAAGGGGUGGCUAAUCGCACUGUGGCAUAUCUGUUGGUGAAUCGUGCACCAGCAAUCGUUAGACAGCCAUCACUUUUACGAGCAGCUGGACCUUUGGGAGGACGAGUACAACUGCGCUGUAGAGCAAAUGCAGUUCCAGAUGCUCAUUUCCAGUGGAUCGUUCCAGGCCAGUUAAGCCCAAUUCGGCGUAAUAGUUCUAAAUAUUCCUUCACAACCCUUCAAUUGAAUUAUUCCACAUUUGAGGGUGUGUUUUAUAUUUCUUCUCUGGAUCGUUACGACUACCAGCAUCCAGUAAAAUGUUUCGCAAUAAAUAGGUAUGGAGAAGAUACUGUUGAGAUCCGGGUCAGUCCGCCAACGGCCCCAGACACUCCGGUCUCAUUACGUGUUUCAAAUAUUACGAAAAAUUCUCUUUCAUUUAACUGGAUUCCUGGUUUUGAUGGAGGUUCGGAACAAAUAUUUGAAGUGCGUUACCAGACAUCUAUGGAAAAUGUUUAUCAUAUCAUUAAUUCGUCAUUUCCGGAAGUAGAAAUCCGAGGAUUGGAACCGGCUUGCCUGUAUGAAAUCUCAAUCCGUGCACGGAAUAAACGUGGCAUGGUGUCAGAAUUUUCUCGACCACCUAUUAUUGUGUACACGAAAGACGAAUACGGAAUGGACGUUGUUAGUGUGACAAAGAAAGAUUCUUUUCCUGUGCCAGUGAUCGUCGUAUUUGGUGUAUGCUGCGUCAUUCUGCUGUUAAUAAAUUGCUUCCUGCUCUGUUACAUGCAUCGACGAAAACAGAAGAGGAAGAUGCAAGAAAAAACGGAGAUGGUGCGAAAUGCUAAUAAUAGUGGUGCAGAUGUAAGACUGGUACAGAUGUACGGAGCGUUAACUAAUGUUGAAAGCCCAUGUAGGCCAGAUUCGACCAAUACGAACAGAAGCGAAUUAGGUCAUGAACCAGAUUCUGAAGAUGACCGGAGUUUGCGAACAAUGAUUGAAGUUAGUCCAAAUGGAUAUGUGCAACAAGUGGAUCCAGUCAAUUACUAUGAGCGGGAAUGUUUGGUUGAAUAUGAAUUUGAUCCAAAUUUGUAUGGUGGUGUUAUCAAAUCGAGUACGUUGCGAGGAUCAUCGCAUAAUUACGUCAAUCUUCGCUGUCCAAAGGCAUCAGAAAGCAGUGAUACAGCUGUUAACUUUGCGAGUGGAGAUUCAUUAUCGCUGAUGGAUGUAAAUGAUGGUUCUCCACGCCGAAUACAUAAACCACGUAUCAUUGAUACCAAUUCUUCAACCAAUUUGCUCGCAAAUAAUACCACACCGCAAAUGUUGAGCACAUUUUUACAUCGUGGUGGAAUACAUACCACUCCAUUUAAUUUUGCGCAUAUUGAUGGUGACCUCGUGUAACCUUUGUUUCCAAAAG